UUACCACAGCUGCUUUGACUCCAGCCUCGUUUCUCUUGAUUAAUCCAUCCCAUCUCCAAGCUGGAGUACAAUGUCGUCCCGCAGCCUGCAGGUGUCUCCCCACGGAGCAGGCGGCGGUAGCGCAUCCCCUACCCUGGCAUGUGCCUCCAGCUAGCAGAUGUUCGUUCGUUCAUUCGCUCGCUCCUUCACUCGCUCCCUCUUCAUUCUCGCGGCCAGACAGCCAGAGCUCCUCUGAUCCCCUUGUCCUCCUUCUCCCCAUUUUGCACCCCCUCCCUGAAGGCUCUGCUCCGGUCCCUCACGUCCCAGCCGGGUGGAAGGAAGCCCCUCCUGGACUGGCUCUCUCGCGUUCCUCUCGCCGCCGCCUUGCGAGCGCCCCAAGUUGAGAGGAAGAUGGGGACCCGGCUGCAGCAUUUGCAGAGCCGCUCCAGCAACAGAUUGGAAGAGACGGAGAGUUUCCGCCGAGGAGAAACUGGCUGCUGAAGGGCGCGUGACAAGGCUCGGAGAACUUCUCCUCGCCCACACCCGCCCGCCCAUCCGCACCCACCGGCUCCCUCGCCCCCAGCCCCGGCUUCCUUCGGGCUCGCUUGCUCCUUUCCCCGCGAGGAGGGCGGAGAGGCAUGAAGACUAGCCGCCGGUGCCGAGCCCUGCUGGCCGUGUGUCUGAACCUGCUGGCUCUUCUCUUCUCCACCACUGCCUUCCUCACCACGCACUGGUGCCAGGGGACCCAGCGGGUGCCCAAGCCCAACUGUGGCCGCGACAAGAAGACGAACUGCCUCAACUACAGCGGUAACAGCACGGCCAACGACACGGCCGGCUCCCACGGGGUGCAUUACAGCUGGGAGACCGGCGACGACCGCUUCCUCUUCAGGUAUUUCCACACGGGCAUCUGGUACUCCUGUGAGGAAAACCUCAGUGGACUUGGUGAAACAUGCCGGAGUUUCAUUGACCUGGCUCCAGCAUCAGAGAAAGGUGUUCUUUGGUUGUCCGUGGUUUCAGAAGUAUUAUACAUUCUUCUCUUGGUCGUUGGAUUCAGUCUUAUGUGUUUGGAGCUCUUCCAUUCUAGUAACGUCAUUGACGGACUCAAGCUCAACGCCUUUGCAGCUGUCUUCACUGUGCUGUCAGGUCUCCUGGGAAUGGUUGCCCAUAUGAUGUACACUCAAGUGUUCCAGGUCACGGUCAGCCUGGGACCUGAAGACUGGAGACCUCACUCCUGGGACUACGGCUGGUCCUUCUGCCUGGCCUGGGGUUCUUUUACAUGCUGCAUGGCAGCCUCAGUCACCACACUGAACUCUUACACCAAGACUGUCAUUGAGUUCCGGCACAAACGCAAAGUGUUUGAACAGGGAUUCCGGGAGGAGCCAACCUUCAUUGACCCAGAGGCCAUCAAAUACUUCCGGGAAAGGACUGAGAAAGGGGAUGGAACUGAGGAUGAGGACUUUCGACUAGACUGCCACCACAGCCGAUACCCAAAUCGACUGCAGAACACCCAUCUCUAAAUGAUACAAGAUCUCCAAGAAAACUUAGUGACUUCAUGGCCUAGCAACCAUCCCAGUCUCCGUGUCCCCUGUACACCAUCCCUUCAGGAUCCGCCUGAAAGAACUCUACAGAGCAGAGCUAAGUGUCAUUAGAAGACUUCUAUGUUGUGAAAUCUUUCCCCUUUUCCUCCCACUCUCAACUGCAAGACAGCAGAAGCCCAGGCCCAGCAGCAUCUGGCCACUCCAGUUCAGCCCAUUCUGGAUUCCAUGGACUAUCCAGUCCUAUCUCCUUGAGGUUUUAUUUUCCUUUGUGCCUGGCCCAGCUGAUCACAGGAUGAGCCUAGGUUCCAGCCCAGACAACCCAAGACUUGACCAGGAAACCAGCCCAAACAACCAGAGACCCUGCCUUGGAUGCUGAGUGGCCAAACCCAGGCCUGAGGUCCAGGGGUGCAAUGGGGAAGCAGCCUGGCCCAGCUCAGACUGAGGUCCAGGGAAACAUUGGAUUCUCUGAUCCCAAAAGUCACUUGGAUCCAUGACGUGACCUCCAAUUCAGUUUUCUCAAGAUGGAUCUCAGCCCUGAAGACCAUCACUCAAUAUGGGGUAAUGGAAAGAAGACUGAACCUGGAGGCCAAAUACAUGGAACCAAAUGCAUUUUGCUACGAACUACCUGUGUGACUUUGGGCAAAUCACUUCUCUGAACCUUGGUUCCCUCAUCUCUAAAAUGAAGGGUUAAGGUUAGACCAUCUCUAAGGUCCUUUCCAGCUGUGAAGCCGAUGAGCCUUUUCUCCAUCCGAGCCACAUCCCAAAGCUUCUAGUCGGUGGGUGAUUUCAUGGAGCACAAGCACAAGGCUCAAAGUGACGAGCCCCUCCAGGGACUAUUCCUGGUGAGCCAAGAUGGCUCCUUCUGAAGCAGAGUUGGCUGACCCAGAGGCAGAGGAGGCAGAGAAGAGGCUGGUGGGUGAAAGAGGUAGGUGGGGAAGAAAAAUCCCUGCCCUCAUUUAUGCUAUAAUUGAUCUCAAAUGAUCACCCCCAGGCUCAGAGCAGGAAGACAAGAUUCAUGUCCCCAGAGAGAGGCUCUCUGUGGAAUAUUUCAGCCCCUCUAACACUGAUUACUGCACAAUUGACUCCAAGUUCUCAAAGGGAGAUGGGCUGUAUGGAAUCAUUAAAGCCUCUUCUAACUUAUCCAGACUUCAGGCAGGGCAAGGCAGUGGAGGAAAGUGGGAAGGAAGCAGUGAACAGACUGGAGAUAAGCAAUGGAAGGAAGGAAUGAAGAAAGGCAGGAAGAGAAGUAGAAAAGAAGAAAGGAAGCAAAGGAAGGAGAGAGGGAGGAAGUAAAAAAGGGAGAGAGAGAGGAAGGAAGGAAGGAAGGAAGGAAGGAAGGAAGGAAGGAAGGAAGGAAGGAAGGAAGGAAGGAAGGAAGGAAGGAAGGAAGAAGGAAAAAGAAAAUGAGAGAAGGAAGGAAGAAGGGAAGGAACAGAAAGAAUAGGUGAUUUUGAAAAUUCUUUCCAAUGCUAGGAUUCAAUGGUUAUAGAAUGAAAAAUUUGCUGCAGUUGAAACACUAAGACCUAACUUUUAUUCCAUCAGCCAACAAAAAUCCUUAUUGAACAUAACCUUCGUGCCUAGUAUUGUGCUAGGGCUUGUCUUAAAGAAAUAUUAGAAAGGUACAGAGUUAAUCUAGACACAAUAUUACUGCCAUAGAAGCUCUGACAUCCUCCCUGGGGAGACCAAGCCAUUUAAAACAGGUCAGAGAAUAAUAGAAGGCAGUACAUGAUUCAUAGGCACAAAAAGUAACAGCUGUGAGUUAUUAGGAAGAAGUUACUGUGAACUUGAGGAGGUGGAGUGGAGGAAGUGGGCCCUGAAGGUCAGGUGGAUUUGAGAUAGACUGGCUAGCAUUUAUGUAGCAUUUUAAGGUUGACAAAGUGCAUUACAAACAAUCCUCACAACACUGUAUUUUAUUUCCACCAUUUUACAGCUGAAUAAACUGAGGCUGAAAGGUUAAGUGAUUUGUCCAGGGUCACACAGGUCUUAAUGCCCUAAGUACAAAGCCCUAUCAUGCAACUGAGCUGCCUUCUAGGAUCUGGAACUGGAAGAGACUUUAGAACCCAUCAUUUUAAUGCCCUCAUUUUACAGAUAAGGAAACUGAGAGUACAGAGGACAUGAAAAGCACAGUAUGAGUGAAGGUGACAUGUAGAAGGUAAAGGAAAGAGGAAACCAACCUGACUAGAUUGGGGAGGGUAUGGGGGAAGCUCCUUUGAGAUAGAGAAGAGGGAGAAUCGUGUCUGGAGUAGGGGGGUCAGAAGCACCGACUGAGCUCCCUUGAGUUGGGGGUAAGGGUGGGAGUGGGACAGGUCCUGGCAUUACUAGGGCAUUACCAAGGAGCAUAAUAAAAGUGGGUCAUGCCAAGCGCUACAAAGAGUGAUCCAGAACUUACCCUGUGUUCUGGCAAACACUUUCCACUGACAGACACACGGACCAACAAAUAGAAACAACCUUCCUCUCACUGCCCCAUAGGAAUUAUCAAGUGCCCUCACCUCUUCCCUAGUGUCUAAGUUCAGCCAGGCACAUAGUAGGUGAUCAGAAAAGGAUGGAUGGAUGAAUGGACGGAUCCAGCGUAUUUGGUGGAUGUUACCCCUGAAAGGAGUGCUGGCACAACCCCAGCUGCCUCUUUUCUCAUCUUGAGAUCCUUUCCCCCCUGUCCUACCUUACCUGGAAUCAGUGCCCCCUUUUCCACACCUCUGACUUGACACUGGCCUCCCCAGUGUAGCCAUUGGCCAGAGCUCCUAGCAUGCGCUACAGCAGGGGUGUCAAAUUCAAAUAGAAACAAGGGCCACUAAAUCAUACAGAAGGAUCCUGAGGCUACAUGUUGACUUAGUUUAAUAUGUAAUAUUAUCCACUUGAUUAUACUUUUAUUUUGUUAACUAUUUCCCAAUUCUACGUUUUUUAACCCUAACCUUCUGUCUUAGAAUCAAUACUGUAUAUUGGUUCCAAGGUAGAAGAGGGAGAAUGGCUAGGCAAAGGGGGUGAAGUGACUUGCCCAGGGUCAGUCACACACAGCUAGGAAGUGUCAGAGGUCAGAUUUGAACCCAGGACCUCCCAUCUCUGGGCCUGACUCUCCAUCCACUGAACCACCCAGCUGCCCCCCACCAACCCAAGUUUAGCCUGGUUUGGGUCAUGAUCCCUAGUGUUGUGGGCUGCAUGAUUCAUACCUCCUGGCUAGAGCAGGAGUGUUAUUCCAGGACCCAGCAGCCUGAUCCCUGAGCCGAGACACCCUCGCAAUGCUGAUGGGUCCCAGCAGUGCCCGUUAGAUUGUUCACUCUAAGAGCUCCUCUUCAGGUCCCUUGAACCGUAGCUCUCCUCUCUCUGCCCCGUCCCUUUCCGCGUCCCCUCAGCGAGGAGGAGAGGAGGCAUCCUUGGCACCUCCAGGGUACAGCUGGGACGCACUGAACAUGGUGUUUUUCAAUACAGGAUGCUGGUCCCUCGGAAUCAGUUCCACACCUUGGACCAGGCAGAGGAGGACGAGAUGCAAGAAGAGAAGUGGAGUCCUCGAGAAGCGCCGCCCCAGGGAGCCCCUGAGCCUCUGCCUGCUGCCUCCAGCGGUGCUCCGUGCUGAGCAGCCGCUGUCCUCGGGACCCUUCCCUCCUGUGGCUCCAUGUGGGGCAGCCGGCCCACCCCUCCCGCUUCUGGCUCCCGGGAGACCCCCAGCUCUAAGCCAAGGCUUGGGAUGGCCCCAGGAGAAGCUCCUCUCCAGCUCUGAGGAAAGAGCUACCCCCGCCUGGAAAUGACCCUAGAGACGCCCCACUCAUCUGCCCUUCCUGUGGACCGCGGGGCCCAAUUGUCAUUUUUUUCUUUUUUUAAAAUAGAGAGUGCUUUAUCAGAUCCA